AUGACAACAAACUGCGUCUUCCGUGUCGCAAGCCACGUGCCAGUGUUCUCAACUUCUAGUCGUCGCAUUCCACUCAAUUACAUUACAGAUCAAUAUCUUGGCAACUCGGCAAUGUGGCAAGUGGCAUCGGUUUUGUUCGCUCAAAAGCCACAGAAGCAAAUGCCGGCAACGAUUCGGAGUGACGUUCCACUUCUUCCAACCUCGGCUAUUCUCCACUCUUAA